GUUUGUAAAUAAAAAGAUCGAGUUCUAGUUACUGUAAAAAUAAUUAUCAUCCUGUUUAUUAAUUAUUUAAAAUUAUAAUUAUUAUAAAUAAAAAUGUCGAUGAUAUCACAGUUUGCAUUUUCUAAGCUACAAAAUAUCAAACAAAAUUUAUUAGUUCCUGUUAAAAUUACUUACGAUCAUGUUACUGUAAGAAACGCAGCUAAAAAAGUGGGAACGACAACUCAAAAUAGAGGCGGUAAUAAAACAAGACCUAGACAUCGGGGCUGGAAACGUCAGGACGGUGAUAUUGUUACUGCAGGAACUUUACUGGCUACUCAAUUAACACCACGAUGGCACCCUGGUCUUAAUGUUGGGUUUGGUAAAAAUGGAACACUGUUUGCAAUAGUACCGGGAAAAGUUGUCGUCACUUGCGAAAAGUGUAAUCUCAAUUGGGACCACACUUGGGUACAGAGACAUUAUUCUGACAGAAAAGGCGAAGUCAUUUACAAGAAACACUUCAAUGUCAUACCGGAGAAACAGCAUGACCGUUUUAAACUAAUAGAUGCUAUUUAAAAGUAGUUGAUAAAUAAAUUUCUGUUAAUUUUA